AUAAAUUCUCAGUGCGUGCGCAUAAGCCCCAGUUUGUGCUGGGAAGCAGCGCUGUAACAUCAGAAACUGAAGGAGUGACCGAGUGAGGAGCUCUCCCUGCCUGUAUUCUCUACACACACUCACCUCUGUCACUCACCUCAGCGCGGACUAUACCCUCUCCUCCUCAGCCUGUUGGACAUUUCUAUUGGCACUGUUAUAGCGGAUCGUACAGAAUCAUGUGCAGAACUUGCCUCCCCCUCACAGUCCUGCUUGUGUGCAGCUGGCUAUUGCGCGGCCACAGGACUUUAGCCACAGAAACGACAAGCAUUGGCAAGGCUGUAAAUGUUAGAUGGUCAUCUAUCAAUGGCAAGACUAUUAUUGAGUGGGAACCAAAACCGAUAAAUUAUACAUACACAGUGGAAGUGGCUGGUGAAGGUGCCAACUGGAAGAGGAAAUGUAUCCAUACAACAGCCACCGAAUGUGAUGUGACCGAUCUGUUAGAGAAUGUGAACGAUACAUACACCGCUCGUAUUAUUUCUGAAGUGCAAGACACUGAGGACUUCACAGAGGAGUUCCCUUACACUGAUAGCCCUCCAUUUGUACCCUAUAAGCAGACAAUUAUCGGAAAGCCAGUCAUUGAAAGUUACAAUUUCAGUAAGGACAUUACGAAGCUUACGGUCAUAGUAAAGGAUCCUUUAACGCCAUACAGAUUCUCUAAUGGAAGUUUCAAGAGUGUUCGGGAUAUUUUCAACAAUGACUUUGAAUACACCGUUUUUUACAGGAGAGCUUCCAGCACAGGCAAAAAGCAGGAGACAAGUAAUAGUAAUGAGAUUGUCGUCAAUGUGGAUCAAGGAGAAAGCUACUGCUUUUAUGUACAAGCAACUAUACCCUCUCGCAGUCAGAACCGUGACAGUCAAGUGUCGGAAGAGAAAUGCACUACUGCCAGUAAGAACGCCAGUGCUGUUGGCUCCACAAGUGAAUUUAUAUUCCUAUGUAGUUGGAUGUUACUGUGCUGUUUGCUGUGAUUAUAUCAGUGGUAUUGAUCGUUGUGAUUGUCAUCGCUCUGUCUGUUAUGCUUUGUAAACGUAAAAGGGCAAAGCCAGAAAAAGCACCAGAGAAUGACAUGUUAUAACCAGCAUUGCCUGCCUGUCUACUAGAACCCUGCAGCCGCUCAGCACACUGCCUGCAUUAUUGUGCGUGGGCAGUGCAUUGCUGUUCUGUUUCUGUGAAACACACUGGCUCUGAGAAACCUUAAUAACUGUUACAGAUCAGACUCUGACUAGCUUACAAUGAACUAUUGUAUGAUAUGGUUUAUGUAUUGGAAACACUACAAUUGGUAUUUCGACACUAUUUUAGUAUGGCUGAAGAUAAGCAUAAAGACUAUGCUCAAGGACAAAAGAACACUAAAUAAGGUACACAAAAUAGGUACUUUAAACAGUAGCUGGUUACUGAGUCUCGGGUACCAAGAUGGAAUAAUGACAUGGAUUUCUCUUGCAGAAAAAUAUCCAUAUUUGCACUUAUAUACAUUUUUAAUGUAGUUAUCUCAUGUUUAUUUGUUAGACAAUGUUCGAUAUUCAUGGCUAAUAAGAGACCUCUAGUGUGUUAACAUUGGCUGCUGGACAGUGCAACCAAGUCUUUCUAUGGACCAAGACAAACUGGUGCAUUUUCAUGACAAUAACCCAUUCCACAAUCAUAUCUGGUUCAUGGAGCAUUAUUCAUGUCGCUAUUACUUUAUGACUUUGCUCCAUGCCCUUCAGAGCGACUGUAUAUAGGCAGAUACCCCGUGCACCUUUUGUAGAGGCAGGUGGUCUCCUUUUAGUGUGAUGAAUACACAUUGUUGCUCAGGUCUGGACUGAGAAUUAAAAUAGGCCCUGCCAUUUCGGGUACCCAGAGGCCCAAUCAGCCCACACAGAGGCCCAAACAGCCCCACCAGCCCACUAAAUACUGACUUUCUAUGGGACCUUAUAGCAGCCCCUCUAGCAUUUGCCAGAACCCACAGAUUGCCAGUCCGGGCCUGCUGCUCCUUAAAACUUACUAGAACAUUCCUUUCCAUUUUAAAUAGUUUUAUCAAAGCACUUAUGAAAUGUCUAUUUUUAUAUUUUUGUAACGUUUUGCAUAUAUAUAUAUAUAUAUAUAUUUUUAUUGGGAUAGAUUUUUUUUUUCAAACUGACAAUCAAGGGAAUAAUUUAUAUAAGUGAUUUUAUACAGUUGGUUUUAUUGGUUAUUAUUAAUAUUGAUUCAUGUAUUUGUAUAUAUUGGAGUAACUUAUUUUGAUGUGAAGGUCUUUAAAUAAAGGUGAAUGGGGGAAAAUA